GAUUUUCUAUCAUCGACCCGUCGUCGUCGGCGUCAAUCGUUCUCUACGGUUGUUAUACCACACAUACAGCGAUGAAGAACCGCGGUGUCUGCUCGGCGCUGGCUUGCGCGCCUCUGGCCCUGCUCCUGGCGACGGUGAUAACCCAGGCGUUCCCACAGGGCGGACCGGCCGAGUCUUGCGACUCGAUGCUGCCCCGGCACGUCUACACGGCGCCCAAGCCGGCGCACGAAUCUCCCUUCACGUUCGUGGCGUCUUCCAACCGUUUCUCCUACCAGAACGUCGACGGCAUCCAGGUUGAGCUGGGCGGCGCACCGUUCAAGGGCUUCUUCAUCGCGGCCAUGGACCCACGCACCCAGAAGCGCAUCGGCUCCUUCCUCAAGGUGAAGGGCACCCACCCGGUCAGCUGCAGCGCUGUCACCCACAAUGACGCGCACCCCAAGAGCCACGUGUCCCUGCUCUGGCUGCCCCCCCAGAACCAGCCCGAGGGAGAGGUCGUCUUCAUGGCGACCGUUGUGGAGUCGUACGCUCGGUACUACACCGGCCUCGUAGCAGCUGUGCCGGCCGUCCCGACGCUGCAGUACAUCAAGAAGAAAUAGGAAGCCAGCUCACAUUUACAUACAACAAGAACGGGAGGGCACGCCACCCAAGAGCAAGACACGCGAUCGCGUUUCCACCUCCGCAAGCGAAGAAUAGCCCAUAUAUGCGCCCAGAAUUCAGGAAUCCGUCC